AUGCCACACUUUAUUUGGCUGAGUUGCUGCUCCCCAUUACUAACCUCGACGAUAGACAAACAUACGGUAAGAAGUCUUAUGGAACACUUUACUAACGAAUCUGUUUUUCUAGAAGUCAUAGAAUUGUUAGUGCAAAUCAAUUCAAACAAGCCAUUGAGAGACCACAAACGAGCACACCACCGAGCAUCAGAAUACUUAAUUGAAGACAGAAAACUAUGGAGAUUGCGAGGAGGAACAGCGGUCCGAGCUCGAAGUAGAACAGAAUGUGUUUCACAAGAAGAAGCAAGACAACUAGCAGCAAUGCAACAUGAGCAGAUGGGACACUGGGGAUGA